AUCACGAGCGUGGCCGCCGCUGCUGCGCGGGCCCCAGCCGCCAGCGUCCUAUCUGGUUAGUUGGUGGGGACACAAGUAUACAGCGGCGAUCAUAUGCGCUCUGCCUGCCAAAGCACCAGAGCUUUUGCAGGUUCUCUGCUCUGCUCUUCUCCGAGCGCGCUCUCUCUCUCCCCCAACGGCAUCUUCUCUUCGCUUCCUCUGCGGGGAGGUUCGAGAAGCUUCGGGGAGAUGAGGGGGAGUAGAGUCUGUGUUGGAGGCGGUGGUGGCGGGGGACAGACGGCCGCCUUCCUCGCCGUGGUGCUGUGCUGGUGCGGCGGCCUACUCCUGCUCCUGGCUGGCGGCGGCGCAGACGCGCAAGGCAUCCGGCGGCCCUCGUCCUACAAAACCCUAACAGGUGAUGUUCCGCUUGUUAUCGCGAAAGGUGGCUUUUCAGGGGUGUUUCCUGAUUCCAGUCAAGACGCCUUUGCUUUUGCAUUGCUUGCUAGCGCACCUGAUACAAGUUUGUGGUGCGACGUGCAACUGACAAAGGACGGUGUUGGGAUUUGCCUGCCGGAUAUAAACAUGCAGAACUGCACUGAUAUUGCCCAAGUGUACUCUGCGAGAAAGAGUAAAUAUGUUGUCCAUGGUGCGCCAAAAACUGGGUGGUUUCCUGUGGACUUCAACUUCUCUGAGUUUCAAGGCGUUAUUUUAACACAAAGAAUUUGGUCUCGCACCGACAAAUUUGAUUAUGUCCAGUACGGCAUCCUUGCUGUCACUGACUUGCAGUCCAUAGCCACGCCAGCGCCUUCUGUUUGGUUGAAUGUUCAGCAUGAUAUCUUCUAUAGGGAACAUGGUUUGAACAUGAGAAGCUACAUACUCUCCAUCCUAAAGCGUAUGUCUGUGAAGUACAUUUCAUCACCUGAAUUGGGUUUCCUCCAAAGUAUAUCUGGAAGAGUUGGUGGCAAAACAAAGCUUGUUUUCCGCUUUCCUGAAACCCCUCUCACUGAUCCUUCUACAAACAAAACUUACCGUUCAAUGUUGAGUAACCUUGCAUUAAUUAAGGCAACUGCUUCUGGUAUCAUGGUCCCCAAGAGCUACAUUUGGCCAGUGACAAAUGAUAACUAUCUACUGCCUCCCACAUCUAUUGUCAGGAAUGCCCACAAUGCAGGGCUAGAAAUAUAUGCAUCUGAUUUCGCAAAUGAUAGAAUUAUUCCCUAUAACUACAGUUAUGAUCCCUUGCAAGAAUACCUAUCAUUUAUUAGUGACGGGGACUUCUCUGUGGAUGGUGUAUUAACAGAAUAUCCAAUCACUGCAUCUGAGGCUAUAGGUUGUUUCACUACCUUGAAUGCAAGUACUGCGGAUCAUGGAAAGCCAUUAAUUAUCUCGCAUAAUGGUGCUAGUGGAGACUACCCAGACUGUACUGAUCUGGCCUACCAGUAUGCUAUUAAGGAUGGUGCUGAUAUGAUUGAUUGUACCCUUCAAGUGACAAGUGAUGGAGUUCUUAUCUGUAUGAGUUCCAUUAACCUGCUUGAUACGACCAAUGUUCAGAUGACACCAUUCGGUUCUGCUUUAUCUGUUGUUCCCGAAAUUCAGAGUACACCAGGAAUAUUCACAUUCAACCUUACUUGGAACAACAUUAGCAAUAGUGAUUUGAAACCAAAGAUAUCUAGCCCAUUGAGUGGCUAUUAUCUUGCAAGAAAUCCAAAGAACAUAAAUCAAGGAAAGUUUGUCAGGUUGUCUGACUUUCUGGCAUAUGGGAAGGAUAAGGAUUUGUCUGGCAUCAUGCUGAUUAUCGAGAAUGCUGCAUUUAUGGCAAAGUCAUUAGGAUUUGACGUUAUUGGGUCUUUAACCACUGCCUUAAAUGAUGCUGGUUAUCAUAAUCAAACUACCAAGGAAGUCAUGCUCCAGUCAAAAGACAGUGCAGUUCUUGUCAAAUUGAAGCAGCAGGGAACAAAAUACAAGCUUGUUUACACUCUGCCGUCAAACAUUGGGGACGCUUCUGCUUCCUCACUAGCAGAUGUUAAGAAGUUUGCUCAUGCUGUAGUUAUUGACAAGAAUUCUGUUUUCACACUAAGUGCACAUUUUAUCAUCAGGCAAACCAGUCUUGUGAAAGAUCUGCAGUCUGCGGGACUAGCCGUAUAUGUACAGGUGUUCCGCAAUGAGUUUGUAUCACAACCGUGGGAUUUCUUCUCGGACGAAACAGUGGAAAUCAGUAACUAUGUUCAGUCGGUUAAGGUUGAUGGCUUAAUAACUGAUUUCCCCAAGACAGUAAGAAGAUACAAAAGGAAUUCUUGUACAGGUUUGGGAAAUGACAUUCCCUCCUACAUGAAGCCCGUUAGUGUUGGCGACCUUGCACAGCUAAUAAAAAAAUAUGCCGGUACUAACGCCCAGCCACCAGCUCUGGCCCCAAUGCCAGAACUGAACUCAUCAAGUGUGGUGCAGGCACCGUUCCCUCCUGUUACGCCAAAGAAUGCCCCCCCUGUUGCCUCCACACCUCCUGGUUCGUCGCCUUCUGACGCUCACGCAAAUGCUGUAAGUACUUAUAUUCUGCUGGUAACUGCUUGUGCAGCUCUGCUAGUCUGAGCAGGCCCAUCAGGCUGUAUCCUAGGUUAAAUUACAAAAGGGGACAUUAGAUCUGGCAGGCUUGCAUCGAUUGAUGCAGAUACUGUUAGACGAGCUGUAGAGUUCAGGUGCAUUAUUUGUUGAUAAACAUGUAUAAUAGAAUUAGGUAUGAUAAUGAUCCGAGUUGUUGUGGACAUAUCAUAACCAACCUUGUAUCUAUCCUGUAAGCCUACGAGCUAUAUAUAUAGAUUGAGCCGGCAUCCUGUUGAUGCACGGAAUCCUCAAACA